AUGAGUUGCCAAGAAGAACAACUUGUGAAAACAAUAUGCGAUCUCUACGAAAAGAUCUCUAACCUCGAGAGUCUCAAACCAUCCCAAGAUGUCAACAUUCUCUUCACGCAGCUCGUUACUACAUGCAUCCCACCAAACCCUAACAUCGACGUCACCAAGAUGUGUGAAAAAGUCCAAGAGAUUCGAACAAAACUCAUCAAGACCUGUGGUAUAGCUGAAGGUUACUUAGAACAUCACUUCUCUUCGAUCUUGACCUCUUUCCAAGACAACCCACUUAACCAUCUAAACAUUUUCCCUUACUACAACAACUAUUUAAAACUAGGCAAGCUCGAGUUCGACCUCCUUACACAAAACCUAAACGGCUUUGUCCCAAAGACUAUAGCUUUUGUUGGAUCUGGUCCUCUUCCUCUAACUUCCAUCGUUCUUGCUUCGUUUCAUCUCAAAGACACAAUCUUUCACAACUUUGACAUCGACCCAUCAGCGAACUCACUCGCUUCACUUCUGGUUUCUUCUGAUCCAGACAUCUCUCAACGUAUGUUCUUCCACACCGUUGAUAUAAUGGAUGUAACAGAGAACUUGAAGAGCUUCGAUGUCGUGUUUCUAGCUGCUCUUGUUGGAAUGAACAAAGAGGAUAAAGUUAAAGUGAUCGAGCAUCUUCAGAAACACAUGGCUCCUGGUGCUGUUCUCAUGCUUAGGAGUGCUCAUGGUCCGAGAGCUUUUCUUUAUCCCAUCGUUGAGCCGUGUGAUCUUCAAGGGUUCGAGGUUUUGUCUAUCUAUCAUCCAACAGAUGAUGUUAUCAACUCCGUUGUGAUCUCGAGAAAGCUCGGUAUUGUUGGUGGGAUCUCGUGUUUGCUCAAGCCUUGUAACUGUUCCAAGAUCCACGCGAUAAUGAACAAGAACAGGAUGAUCGAUGAGUUUGGAGCCAGGGAAGAACAGCUCUCUUAA